CAUAAUUUUCUUCUUCACAUUUCCUCCUCCUACUUCGUAAGAAACUUUUAAUGGCAUUCCUUCAAUUCUUCUCAAUAAUACUUCUACUCUUUCCUCUCCUUUCUCCCACCUUCAUAUGUUGUUCCCCUGUUCAAGAUCCUGAGUUGGUUGUUCAAGAAGUGAAUGAGAAAAUCAACAAUGCCACCAUGGCCAGGAGGAAAUUGGGAUAUCUCUCAUGUGGAACCGGCAAUCCCAUAGACGAUUGCUGGCGGUGCGACCCCAAUUGGGAGAAGAACCGCCAGCGGCUAGCCGACUGCGCAAUUGGGUUUGGCAAGCAUGCCAUUGGCGGCAGAGACGGGCAGAUUUACGUGGUCACCGACUCCGGCGACAAUGAUCCGGUGAACCCAAAACCGGGGACGCUCAGGUACGCCGUCAUCCAGAAAGAGCCUCUGUGGAUCACCUUCGCGCGUGACAUGGUGAUCAAGCUGAAGGAGGAGCUGAUUAUGAACUCCUUCAAGACCAUCGACGGCCGAGGCGCCAGCGUUCACAUCGCCGGUGGCCCCUGCAUUACAAUACAGUACGUGACCAACAUCAUAAUCCACGGUAUCAACAUUCAUGAUUGCAAGAGAGGCGGGAAUGCUUACGUGAGAGACACACCGGAGCAUUAUGGGUGGCGGACGGUGUCGGACGGCGACGGUGUGUCGAUAUUUGGUGGCAGCCACGUGUGGGUGGAUCACUGCUCUCUGUCCAACUGCAACGAUGGGCUAAUUGAUGCCAUCCAUGGAUCCACAGCCAUCACCAUCUCAAACAAUUACAUGACCCACCACGAUAAGGUUAUGCUCUUGGGCCACAGUGACACCUAUACUAGGGACAAGAACAUGCAAGUCACUAUUGCCUUUAACCAUUUCGGAGAAGGGCUUGUACAAAGAAUGCCCAGAUGUAGGCAAGGUUAUUUUCAUGUGGUGAAUAAUGAUUAUACCCACUGGGAGAUGUAUGCAAUUGGUGGAAGUGCGUCUCCUACAAUUAAUAGUCAAGGGAAUAGAUUUCUUGCUCCCGAUGGUAAAUUCUACAAAGAGGUUACAAAACAUGAGGAUGCUCCGGUGAGUGAAUGGAAGAAUUGGAAUUGGAGGUCGGAAGGGGACUUGAUGUUGAACGGAGCAUUCUUCACAGCAUCUGGGGCAGGAGCGUCUUCGAGUUAUGCCAAGGCAUCGAGCCUGAGUGCGAGACCGUCUUCACUUGUGAGCUCAAUCACGGCGGCUGCCGGAGCACUAGGCUGCAAGAAGGGGUCACGUUGUUAAUUAGGAUGAUGUUAGCUAAUAAUAUAAUUUUGGAAGAGGAGAGAGUAAUGUGGGCAGUAGUAAUUACAAGAAAUCCUAAUUCUUCCUGUAUAUUGGUAAUUCUUAUUUUUCAAUGUACACCCUACAACCUUAGCCUCUUUCCCAGGAGCUGGAAGUUGAAAUGAGGACAAGAGUUGAUAAAUUGAAUGUUUGAAGUAACAUUGCCCCUACUUGUUAUUCGCUUCAAUAAAUGCUUCACAUACUA